AUGGAGAACGAGGAUACGGCAAAAGCUCAAAUCCGUUCCAUUCUCGGGCCAACUAAAGAUGCUGAAUUCCUGCAAAGUUUCGUCAGAGUUGGUAUUGGUGAUGAUGAAGAGGAGCUACCUGUACCUAAAGCUUCGAUCAGCAAGCGAGCGCCGGCGUCGGCUGAGAAAAGUGAGUCUGGAGAAGAAGAUAAGCAAACGACGAAGGAAAGGAAGGAGUCUGUGGAGCCUAAGAAGAAGAGCUACAGGCGAAAGGUGAAGCGAGAGCGACGUCGACGGGAGGAGGAAUUGUACACAGACAAGGACCGUGCGGCGGCCGUGGUCAUGGGCUCCAAAGACAUCAAGCUUUCACUCAACAUGAAGGACCAAGCGGAGCGCAGCAGUGCGCUCCAGCUGCCGGCAGAGGCCGACGCCGGCACGCUGCUUGCACUCGCCCGCGCUGAGAUGACAAGAGAACGCUAUCGCACAGCCCUCUCGUUCGUUGAUAAGGCGAUAGAGCUAGCUCCAGAAGAGAAGGCGGCGUACGUAGCGCGCAGUAAGUGCUACCUGCUACUAGGGGAGCCCCAGCUGGCUCUGUCGGACGCGGAGGCUGCACUUCGGCUGGACCCGCAGCAUGCCCGCGCGUUGCUGCAGAAAGCGGAGGCACUCUACUACUGCGGAGAGUUUGAACUCAGUCUAGUCCAUUACCAUCGUGGACUUAGUACCAGACCUGAUUUGAACGACUUCAGACUUGGAGUGCAGAAGGCUCAGGAGGCGAUAGAAAACACCAUCGGGGCGGUGAAACAUGUAAAAAAACCAGCGAAAAAAAAGAGCCCUAAAUCAUCACGACCUGUGUUGGGACAGCUGAUGUCUGAUAAAAUCUACCUAGAAAACCUUCUCAAGAAUCCCGAUUUAGCGAUUGCUGAUAAGAAAAACAACGUCGUGAUGAAACAAGCUGAAGAAGCUAUCAGAUUUUUGGAGAACAGAGAAGAAUUCUGGAGACAGCAACAAACUGCUAAGAAACAUUGAUUUUUAGAUA